AUGUGGGUGUUUGUCUCCUGCAACUACAACGCCGUCAGGCUCACCAAGUCGAUGGUAGAAGCUGCAACCAAGAAGAAAUCCGAUCUCACCGACCUAAACAUGCUGCAGGAGACUCUGGUGGAGGAAUUGAGAGGAAAGAGGUUCUUGCUCAUACUCGACGACGUCUGGAAUGAGGUCCGUGCUAACUGGGACAGAACACGCCUUCCCCUGAACGCCGGUAGGAGCCGGAGCAAAGUGGUGAUCACGACACGGAUCAAACGGGUUGCACAAAUCAUGGGCACAGUGCCUCCCUACCAUUUGAAGAGGCUAUCGAAGGAUGCCAGUUGGACCCUCUUUAGGAGGUCCGCAUUUGCCGGAGGAGAAUUCGCCGGGAACCACAAACUGCAAGCCAUUGGGAAGGAGAUCGUAUCGAAGCUGGACGGCAUACCAUUGGCGGCCAAAACCAUAGGAAGCAUGUUGUUCGCGAGACGAGAUGAGGUCGACUGGCGGAAGAUCUUGAAAAGUGAGUUCUGGGAGUUGCCGGCGAAUGAGAACGACAUCUUGCCACCUCUCAAGUUGAGCUAUCAGACGCUCCCCUCGCAUCUGAAACAAUGCUUCUCCUACUGCUCCAUAUUUCAGAAAGGUUACGAGUUCGACAAAGAUAAGCUGGUCAAAAUCUGGAUGGGGCAAGGAUUCCUGCAACACCAGGGUACGAAGCAGAUGGAAGACACAGGAGCUGAGUACUUCGACGAUGCAUACCUUGAGACAGAGAGAGUGUUUCUGGGGUUACCCAAAGGGAUAACCAAUCUGAUAAACCUACGGCAUCUGGAAGAAGACAGCAGACUGAUCUCGAGUGUGGCUGGGAUUGGGAAACUGACCUGCCUCCAGGAACUGCCUAUAUUCAAGAUUCAUCAGCAGAUCGGACAUAGGAUAUCGGAGCUGAAAGAUAUGACGGAGAUCCGAGGAAGUCUCUGCGUUUUGAAUCUGGAGAAUGUGGCCGAUGCCGAAGAAGCAAGACAGGCCAGAUUGAGCUACAAACAACAUCUGCAGAAGCUGCAACUAGAAUGGAACGCUCACAGUGCGGGCAGCUUUAGAGAUGAGGACAUACUCGAAUGCCUGCAACCACAUGAGAGCCUCAAAGAGCUUCAUAUAGAAGGCUACAAUGGCAGCAGGUUCCUCAGCUGGCCUCCUCCCACCUCUGGGACGGCUGCGCUUCCUUACUCACCUAGAAAUGCAAGGACUGGAUGGGAUCAAGCAUCUUGGUCCGGAGUUCUGCGGCCAUGGUAG